ACGCUCUGUUCGUGUUCACUCGAAGGUCGAGCUGGGGACCGACGUGUUGUCAAACACGCACGUUUCCUUCCGCCAACCGCAGUGACUCGCAAUCGUAGCGACGAUUAGAGUUCGACGAACCGGUGUGAUAAGCACGAGGAGGUUCGCGUUCGCGAUAAGCCAAUAUACAGUUAUCAAGUGAAGUUUUGACUGUGUCGCAAGAACCCCGCCGCAAAUAAAAAAGGAUUAAUCAUGCAGAUGCACGAGCAGAUCAUUAUAGCCGAUGGGCAGGAGCAGCCGAUCUCCAGGACUUACCAGUAUCGAAAGGUGAUGAAGCCGAUGCUGGAGCGUAAACGCCGAGCGCGCAUCAAUCGCUGCUUGGACGAGUUGAAGGAUCUGAUGGUGACCGCGCUGGCCGGCGACGGCGAGAACGUGGCCAAGCUGGAGAAGGCGGACAUUCUGGAAUUGACGGUGCGUCACCUGCACAAGCUCCAACGUCAACAGCGUCUCUCGGCGAAUCCGGUGAUCGACGCUGACCGCUUCCGCGCCGGCUACACGCACUGCGCGAACGAGGUCAGCCGCUGCUUAGCCGCCACUCCCGGCGUCGACGUCGCCCUCGGUACCAAGCUGAUGACGCAUCUCGGACACAAGCUUAACUCCAUGGACAAGACCGGCCCGUUGACCAUCCACGUGACCGCGCCGCAGUCCUCGCCGUCGCCCACCAGCGAGCUCAGCGCUGACGAGUAUCCGAUGCCGCUGACGCCGGCGUCCAGCCAGCCAUCCCCGGUGCGAACCGAAAUCGACGCCGUCUCUCAGAGCCACCAGGGUCUUCUGCAGGUGGCCAAGCCGAACGAACCCAUCUGGCGACCCUGGUAAACCUCCGCCUUGACACGGAGCAAAUUCUCGCCGAAGUUUCCGAGUGGAAUCGGCGAAAAAAAAGAGAUCUCGAGAAUCGAAAGGAUUCACAAACUAUCGACGCCGGUGUUGCAAUUUCUCUGUGAUCUGAAACGGAACGGACGUCGCGAGGAGGAAGAGCGAAGAGUCUACCCCAAGCGGCACAAAGAUCACCUAGACUUAAGAGGAGUACCAUUUGCUCAAAGGCACUCGAACCGACGCGGACGUACCCGAGGUGAGAACGUCAUAUCAUCCAUUGACGUUCUGCCACCAGCAUCUUCGAUAACGUUACGCAAGAGUCGGACAGCACUGGGAUCUCGAUAUGUAGUUUUACUCGCGGCCGCGCGCGGCUGAAGCUUUAAUUUACUCGACAGUUAGAUGUUUUCUAUUGUUUAUUUCAUACUUUUAUCGAGGAUGUUUUUUUCUUUUUUUAUUUUCUCGGCGAUGUAACGUUGUUGUAUAAGUCUCUCCACCGGUCAAGAGCAUCGGAUGUGGGACAACGACAACGGAUGACCUUACGAGGCGGCGAUUUCGGUGAUUGCGCGAAGCGCGCGUACGUUUCGCCUCGCGGGGCGCAAAUAUAUGUAUAAAAAUGACCGAGCGGAGGAUCUUGUGAUAGAGAAACGUGUACCUGUGAUAUUUACUGUAGUAGGCGUAAAGAAUGAUAGUAGAUUUUUAAUAAACAUGUUUCGUAUCAGCAAUACA